AUGGCACACUUCAUGCCUGAGGGGAUAUUUGAUCACACUCCAAUUGUGAUAAAUGUAUACCCUAGUAUUGAACCAGGUAAACAACCAUUUAGAUACUACACUAUGUGGAGUAGAGAUGAUAAAUUUGAAAGAAUUGUAGUUGAAUGCUGGGCAACACAGUGUCAGGAGAGACUUCAAGCUCAGCCCAUGAAUAUGGAGUACAGAAGGGCUGAAAGAGAAUCAGGGAUCCAGUAUAACCUAGUUCACAAGCAGUAUUUGUCGUUCUUGGCACAGAAGUCUAAGAUGAGAUGGUGCAAGGAUGGUGAUGAGAACACAAAGCUAUUCCAUCAAUCCAUUAGAGCAAGGAGGUUGCAAAACACUGUGUAUGCUAUACAUGAUAAUCAAGGCAAUUGGAAGGAGAAUUUGGAGGAAGUCAACACAGCUUUCUUGAACUACUAUAAAAAACUCCUAGGGUCAGAGUUACUUAACAGAGUUCCUGUUAAGGAGAGUGUCAUUAAUAAGGGACAUGUGCUGAGUGAAGAACACAAGGUGUUCCUUAAUAGACUGUACACAACUGAGGAGGUUAAAAGUGCACUUUUCUCAAUAUCAGGGGAUAAAGCCCCGGGACCUGAUGACUUUGGGGGCUAUUUCUUCAGGGAUGCUUGGAGUAUUAUAGGGGAGAAUGUAACUGCAGCUGUGCUGGCUUUCUUUAAUUCAGGUCAGUUGUUAAAAGAGGUAAAUGCUACAACUCUCACUUUUAUUCCUAAGAUACCUUGCCCUAGUUCUGUAAAAGAGUUUAGGCCCAUAGCAUGUUGUAAUGUGAUUUAUAAGUGCAUUACUAAAAUGUUAUGUAAUAGGCUUAGAGUGGUGUUGCCUGAGCUUAUUGCUGAGAACCAAGGGGCUUUUGUGCAUGAGAGAUUCAUUGUUCAUAAGAUCAUGGUGUGCCAAGAUCUAGUGAGACACUAUGGGAGAAAGAAUGUGAAGCCUAGCUGUAUUAUGAAAUUGGACAUGCAGAAGGCUUAUGAUACUAUUAAUUGGCAGUUCCUAAAUGAGAUGAUGGAGGCACUUCAAUUUCCAUCUCAUUUUAUUCACCUUGUAAUGACAUGUGUUAGAACCCCUAGGUUUUCCUUGAUGCUUAAUGGUUCUCUUCAUGGAUUCUUUGAAUCAAAAAGGGGUCUGGGACAUGGGGAUCCCAUUUCCCCUCUACUGUUUAUGAUAUGUAUGGAGUAUAUGUCUAGGAUUAUGAAAUCUUUAGACACUAUGCCUGCAUUUAGAUAUCACCCAAGAUGUAAGGGGAUAAAAUUAUCACACUUAGUAUUUGCAGAUGAUAUCAAUAACCAGAAGUCUGAGUUUUACACAGCAAGUAUGGAUGAAAGCCUGAUCCUUAGAAUUACGAAUGCAUCUGGGUUUAGACAUAGUGAGCUCCCUUUUAAGUAUCUGGGGGUUCCCAUAUGUGCAAAGAGGAUUUCUACAGCUGAAUGUGGAGUUUUGGUGGAGAAGAUGAGUGCAAGAAUUAAGAUUUGGAGCAAUAGGCAUCUGUCAUACACUGGUAGGCUUCAACUAGUCAACUCUGUGCUGAUGAGUAUCCAUGUGUACUGGGCUCAAGUGUUCAUAAUUCCAAUAUGUGUCCUACAAGAUAUUGAAAGAGUUUGUAGAGCUUACUUAUGGACGGACAGUUAUUACACAGCUAGAGGAGGGAAUGUAGCAUGGGAGAAGGUUUGCCAGCCUAAAAAAGCUGGGGGGAUGGGUAUAAGACAGGUCAUGCAAUGGAAUAAAGCAGCUAUGACAAAAUAUGUGUGGGCAAUAGCUAGUAAACAGGACUCACUGUGGAUCAAAUGGGUCAAUAAUGUUUACAUCAAAGGGGCUGAUUGGUGGACAUACCAAGCUCCACAAAAUAGCAGCUGGUACUGGAAACAGAUAUGCAAGGUCAAGGAGGAGAUUCAGAGGGUUUAUAGGCAAAGGGAGAUAACUAACAUGCCUAGAUAUUCAGUUAAAAAGGUUUAUGAGAAGUUAAUAGGUUCCAUGGCACCUGUUAACUGGGAUAGAUUCAUAUGGAAUAGGCUUAAUAUUCCAAAGCAUAGAUUGAUAGUCUGGCUGGCUAUGCAGAUGCACCUACUCACAGGCUUGUUUACAAGAUAUCCUAAAUUGGAUUGGAUACAAUACUACUCAGCACCUGUUCCAGAGACAGAUGAUAUUCAUGAGGAGAAGCAGAAGAUCUCAAUUCCAGAAAUCUGUAAUAGCUGCUGUGCUCAUUGGGCUGAUGUACUAGAUUUGGUGGGCAAGAAAUGA